GGUCUCCAUCCCCCGGCUCGCUCACUCGCCUGUCUGUCGUCCGACUGGCCAACAAAAAAAAAAAAAAACAUGUUGGCAAAACACCCCCUCCUCACCGUGCAGCGGGGGGAAAAAAUGGCGGCCAAGCGCUAAAAAAAUCCACACCAGAAACAAACACACACGUUACGAAGCAAGGUAAACAACCUCUGACGCGCCGGGCCGCGGCUCCUCGUCGUGGGCCGGGGGCUCCGGCGUUGAGUCCGCGUCGGCACCGGCCAGCCUCGACGGGGAGCCGGGGAGCGGGGUCGCUUUAAUUCGGACGCCACCCCCCCUUUGGCGGCGGCGGAGGAGGAGAAGAAGAAGAAGAAGAAGAAGAAGAAGAAGAAGAAGAAGAAGAAGAGGAAGGAGGAGGAAAAAAAGGCGCACUUCUAUUGAAAAGACAAAUCAGCCGGAGCAGGAGACGCGCUGCCACUCGGUGAUGAAGUGUUAAGAGUGGAGGCCACUGUUGCAUCGUGAGCUUGGUCAGUAUUGUUGGAGCAUGAGGAAGCCCGUACCACAGAAAGCUAUAGAGUGGAAAGAUGCCAGAAGGAUCAAGCACGCCCGGAGUGGACGGCCCUCCCGGGUGCCUUCACAGUACCAAGGACAUUUCAGUUGGGAGAAAUACUUGAAAGAGACGGGCGCUGUUGCUGCACCUACUUCGUGCUUCAGACAGAGCCCCACACCUCCUGUCAACGAGUUCAAGGCGGGAAUGAAGCUGGAGGCCCAGGACCCGCGAAACACCACAUCCACCUGCAUUGCCACAGUGGUGGGCCUGACAGGCUCACGGCUGCGCCUCCGCUUGGACGGGUCGGACAACAAGAAUGACUUCUGGCGCUUGGUGGACUCCUCGGAGAUCCAGCCUAUUGGCAGCUGUGAGAAGAACGGAGGCAUGCUGCAACCACCACUCGGUUUCCGUCUCAAUGCGUCCUCCUGGCCCAUGUUCCUUUUGAAAACGCUCAAUGGAGCUGAGAUGGCGCCCUCUCGCAUUUUUCACAAGCAGGAGCCCCCCGCCCCGGAGCAGAACUCCUUCCAGGUGGGCAUGAAGCUGGAGGCGGUGGACCGGAAAAAUCCCCACUUCAUCUGUCCAGCCACAGUGGGUGCACUGCGUGGUGUCGAGGUGCUGGUCACCUUCGAUGGUUGGCGGGGAGCCUUUGACUACUACUGCCGGUACGACUCGCGCGACGUCUUCCCCGUUGGCUGGUGCGCCCUCACCGGAGACAACCUUCAGUCGCCUGGCACCAAAGGUAUCAACUUAAACGUAGUGUUGCCGAAGAGCCUCGGGGCGUUGACAGACGGGAUUGUGGAGAACCCAGCCAUGCACCCCACCCCAACGGUGGGCAGACCUCCGGGUCAGAGAGGACGUAAGCCAGGCCGAAGGAAAACCAAGGUCGCUGCGCCCUGGGGUCAGAAGGCCUCGGCUCUGGGACCACAGAGCAUCCAGCCAGGCAAAGACGUGGGGCCCGUCAAGAUCCCCAAAAAACGAGGGCCCAAGCCUGGCAGUAAGUUGGGCUGGGCAAAGAGAGCCGGCUGGAUGGAGGACGCCAUGGCUGGCCCAGGACGGCCAGUGACUGGCCCAGGGCGAACCAGGGGCAGGCUGCCUGCCAACUGGGCACAGAGGAUAGCUCUGCAGCAGGUCCAGACUCCGGCACAACCGAUCAAGAUCCCAAAGAAAAGAGGGCCCAAGCCUGGCAGCAAGAGGAAACCCCGCGUGGUACCUAAUCCAGUCCCCACGUCUCCCACCAGCAGCACCCCAGAGCCCGACACCAGCACUGUGCCUCUGGACAACGCCACCAUCCCCAACUCUGCACUACAGGCUCCCACAGUUUGUGUGUACCUAAACAAGUACGGCAAGGUGGGACCCCAUUUGGAGCAGCGGCGCAUCCAGCAGCUCCCGGACCAUUUCGGGCCAGGCCGGGCCUCUUCGGUGCUCCAGCAGUGCGUCCAGGCUUGUGUGGACUCUGCCCACAACCAGAGCACCGUCUUCUCCUGCCUUAAGUCUGGCCAAGGUGGCGAAGUCAUUUCAGCCUACUUUGACGAGCAGCAGCACACCCUGACGCUGCCGACUGUCAGUAGUGUUACCUACGUCCUCCGCUUCCUGGAGAAACUUUGCCACAACCUUCACUGCGAUCCGCUCUUUGGCAGCCAGCCUGUUGCCAGAGGAGGGCUGCACUACAACACUCACACAUAUCCUAAAGAGAGGAGAAGUUUUGGCGACAGCCUGACGAUGGGCCAGGGCCAAGGCACCAAGAGAUUCCUCCAGAACUACAACAGCCCGCUACCCCAGAAACUGGCCAAAAUCCCCCGACACUCCACUGAUGGCGAGUCCUUCGUGGAGAACACUGUCGUCACAUCAGAGCACUUAAAGAAGAGCCCGCUCUCUCCAAACUCUACGGCUUUGACACCCGGACUGAGGUCUCCCACCAAGCUGCUGCAUCCUAAUAACUUCACAGGCAGUCUACGAGAGAGUCCAAGGCCCAGUGGUCAGGACCCCAACCUGUGGACAGUGGAUAACGUCAUGCAGUAUAUUAGAGAUAUCGACCCAGUGCUGGCUCCGCAUGCCGACCUUUUCAGAAAACAUGAGAUCGACGGCAAAGCACUCCUGCUGCUGCGUAGCGACAUGAUGAUGAAAUAUAUGGGCUUGAAGCUCGGCCCCGCCCUCAAACUCACCUUCCACAUCGACAAGCUCAAGCGGCCUUGACGAGUUGAGCCGACCAGCAGCAGCCAUCCAAAGGACGAAGCUCCGACCCCAGCUCCCUGCUCUCGGAUCAGUAUAUCAUGCACUACAUAUUGGACAUAUACUGAGCCAUUUACAUGUAGCAAUUUCCAUCAGACCAUAUCUGGUAUUACAUACCCCUGUCCCGACCUCAUGCAAUGAGGAAUGUUUAUUUUUGUGUAGCACAAUCCAGCCCUGAGGCAGCAUGGGGAUGCGUAGAAUUGCCCAUUUUGUCCAUCAUCUGUUUUGCAUUUCAGUACAACUUGAAGAGUCAUAUGUGGCCAUUUUAACUGUAAAAGGCUAUUUUUUGGGGCCUGCUUUUAAUAUGUUACAUGUAUUCUGUACAUACUUCAUAUUUUGUAUUUCAUGAAUAUAUGGACUUUUUUGCCUUUUCGUGUCAGACAUGCUAAAAGAAAGAAAACCCCUAAAGGAAGAAAAGAAAUCACUACAUUCAUCCCAAUGGUUUGGAACGCUUCUGAAGAACGUCUCUGUUUGAGGCACAGUUUUGCAUCAAUAUUAAUUAUGGGGAAGGGGGAAAAAAACUUUUAUUCUGAAAAUACUGCCAUGAGGAAAUCCAUUUCUUUGGUCUUAUUCUGGAUGUUGUUUACAAUGCCUUGUCUCGUCUUUGUUAUUUGUACUUUUUUAAUUUUUUAUACUAUAUAAUUAGAGUUCUUACAUGGAGAGCCCUAUCAUAAUUAACAAUGUUUAAUAAAUAUAUAAUAAUUCAACAGUUGGCGUAGUUUUGCUCUGCGACGCCAGCCUUUUGAACCACAACUUUGUGAUUACGUCCAGUUCACACUCUCCAUUUUUUAAAUUUUAUUUUGUCUUAAUUUUUUUGAAUUAGACAACAUUUUGUCCUUUUAAUUUGCCUGAACUUUUCAUAUACAUACUAAAUUAUCAUGUUUUUAUUUUUGGAGAACUCACCGCCGUUUGCUGAGGGCUUUUUUCCUUUACAGAAGUUGACCAACAGAGGGCAGCACAACCCUGGUUACUUUUUUUCCCCAGACACUUCUUGCAGUUUCUCUUUGGGACUCAGUGACAUUUCCUGCCCUAGGUGGUCAUAGCUCCAUCUGGUCGCCUCAGCAUGAUCAUAUCUGUGAUAUUUUUAAACCCCAACAAGGUGAUUUUCCUGUAGUUGUUGUUCUGUUGCUUCAUUGUCAGUAUUUCUCCCUUAUUGUUGUGUUUUAUCUUUUAUUCUCCCAUUAUUUAAAGACCCUCUCUCUCUAUGUGA